GCAGCUAUAUAUUUCAAACCUCACAACUCAUCCUUUAUAACCUUGUAAUAAUCCCAUCCCCAUGAGACCCAGCUACUGCCUUCUCCAUUUCACUUUCUUAACUAUCUUCCUUCUGACUUCCUUACCACCUCCCUCCUCCUCAAAUGAACUCAGCCUCCGUCUAGAGCUAACCCAUAUUGACGCCGGCCUCAACCUCACCGUCCACGAACUCCUCCGCCGAGCGGCUGCAAGAAGCAAGACCCGUAUGGCCCAACUGGCCCGGUUUGCCCAUAUUCGCAAAGGAGGACAGGGCCAAGCACCCGUUUUUUGGGGCCGCGCAGGCGGAUACGAAGGAGAGUACCUGAUCAAUUUCGGCGUCGGCACUCCCCCGAGAAACUUGCCGUUCAUCGUCGAUACGGGAAGCACCCUCGUGUGGACCCAAUGCAAGCCCUGCCGCAAGUGCACCAGUCAACCCGUCCCACUGUUCGACCCGAAAAAGUCGUCGUCUUUUUCCAAACUCUCUUGCUCCAGCAAGCAGUGCGCCGCCCUCGGCUCAGCCUACUCAUCCCAAUGCUCCGCUAACCCUGAAUGCCACUUCGACUAUAGCUACGCCGACGGCAGCGAAACCAUCGGUUACAUCGCGUCUGAAAAAGUCACUUUCCACUAUUCUUCGGAGCCACCGCUUUCGGUGCCGCAAUUCGCCAUCGGCUGCGCUAGGAUUAAUCAGGGCACCAUGGCUAGUUCCGCUGGCACCGCCGGAUUCGGCCGGAGCGCGGAGUCGCUCGUCUCUCAGCUCGGCAUCACCCGCUUUUCAUACUGCUUUAUUCCCUACAUCCCUAUAAACGCUAAGCGCAGCCGAAUGUUCCUGGGCAACGCCGCGUUGUCAAGCAGUCGGGCCCAGUCAACCCCGCUCUUACCAGACGAUAUUUUCUACUAUGUUUCUCUUGAAGGCAUAACGGUCGGGUCCAACCGGCUUCCGUUUGGGCCUGGUUAUUUUGGACGGAAAAAGGACGGGAGCGGCGGCACCAUUUUUGAUUCGGGGACCUUCAAUACGAUUUUGUGGACUGAAGUGUUCAAUGCCGUGAAGAAAGCCUUUGUGUCGGUGAUAAAGUUGCCUGUGUCGGAGAACACGCUCGGGGCGGACUAUCAGCUGUGCUUCGACACGCCAAGGAAGAGGUUCUCGCCGGAAUCGGUAAAGAUUCCGAAGCUAGUAUUGCAUUUCAAGGGAGCGGAUAUGGAUUUGCCAAGGGAGAAUUACGUUGUGUACGAUGCCAAUGAGAAGUUGCUCUGUGUGCUGAUUGAAGAAGAAACUGAUCAGUCUGCAACGAACAUCAUCGGUAAUUUCUAUCAGCAGAACAUGAACGUGCUUUACGACCUCAAGAACCAGAGGCUGUCCUUUGGGCCGGCGCAGUGCGAUCGGCUUUGAACUCCCCACCUCCUAUGCAUUAUAUAUAUUAUAUAUAACGGGAUAAAUAAAAAAAGUUAAUCUUAUUUUAUUAUACAAAAUGAUUUUUUUAGAGUAAUAAUUGAUAAAUGUGUCAAAAUGGGUUAAUAAAGGGUAAAAAAGAUAGACCCGAACUCGACCGCUCAAUAACCCGAAUGACUUGAACCUUAUAUACAUCAUAACCCAUUUUGAAUAAAAAAAAGGUCUGGUUUUGAUCCAACUCAAAA